AUGGAGAAACAUGAAGAUGUUCAAUACUGUUUUCAAGACGGAAACUCUUCAUGCAGAAAGGCUUUGCUAUCGACAUCUAUCUACAUCACACUGUACAUCUUCUUCUCAUUGAUUUCAGCAGUUACAGUAUUUUUGAACGUACUGGUGAUCAUCUCCAUCUCUCACUUCAAGCAGCUCCACACUCCAACCAACCUGCUCAUCCUCUCUCUGGCUGUGUCAGAUCUCCUGGUGGGACUGAUUGUGAUACCAGUAAUGACUUUAGCAAUAAUGGAGCCAUGCUGGGAUUUUGGGAAAUAUUUCUGUGUGUUAUAUUUCUACAUGGGAUUUUUAUGUACUUCUUUAUCUCUGGGUAAUUUAGUCUUGAUAUCUAUUGACCGCUAUGUUGCUGUGUGUGAUCCCUUGUUGUACCACUCUAAAAUAACAAUAACAAGAAUUAUGUGUUGUAUAUCCAUUACCUGGUGUUGUUGUAUCAUAUACGAUGCUGCUGUUGUAAAAAACUUUGUAAAUGUACAGGUACCCAGUAGGUGUUUGAAAGAAUGUUUUAAAGUUGAAGGAUUUAUGUGGGGUAAUAUAAUUGACCUUGUAAUUACAGUUGUUGUCCCAUGCUCUAUUAUUAUAACACUUUAUAUGAAAAUCUUUGUGGUGGCCAGAUCACAGGCCAGAAAGGCUUGUCCCCUCUACAUCGACUUCACGGACGUGGGCUGGCAGGUCUACAUCAUCCCACCGCAGGGCUACCAGGCAAACUCCUGCCACGGAAAAUGCCUGUUGCCGCUGAGUGGCACCAACCACGCCAUCCUGCAGACAUUUUUUUUGUUGGGGUCUCAGAACUUUUAA